CGGCAGAACGUAGGAGGAAGGAGGGCGAGAGUAGCAGGAAGCAGCCGCAGCCGCCCUCCUCCCGGUCGCUGCGCUUGGGAAAGACUCGCCGGCUGCCAGACUCGGGACGGGAGGGAAGGGGCCACCGGCGGAGCUGCUCCUGCGGCGGCUGCUCCCUCUGGGCCAACCCCGCCUCGGCGGCUGCAGGCGGCCAGGAUGAUGCCCCCGACGGCGGGCGAGUCGCCGCACCAGCUGCUAGGCCGGCUGCGCUUCCUGAGCGAGGCGAUCGGGUGCCUGACGCGCGCGGAGCCGCUCCCCGCCGCCUUGUGCUACGUGCCCCGCGAGGUGCAGUAUAAGAUCUGCAAGGACCCCAGCGCCCCCGGGCCCGCCUCGGCCUCCGGCCGGACCCUGCUGUCGGUAUGGGAGAACCCCAGCAAGGCCGGCGCCGGCUCCGGGUCGGGCGGCAGGAAGGGCCUGGGCAGGGGCACCAUCGAGCUGCGCAAGGGCUCGUGCAUCCGAGCCAGCGGCGAGGAAUACUGCAACGGGCACGGGCUCUGGGUGAAGCUGACAAAGGAGCAGCUGGAGGAGUUCAAGAUUGGCUGUGAUCUGGAGGAAGGCUGGGUACUCAUGUGUAAGCAUGCAGAUGGUGGGGACAGGCUGGUGCCAGUGGAAUCGAUGGAGAGAAUCCAGAGGCAGCAGCAACUCUUUGGGGUGGAUUAUAAGCCUGUAAUCAGAUGGGAGCAGGUGGUGGAUUUAACAUAUUCCCUCCGUCUUGGAGCAAAACCAAAAAUCAUGGAGCCAGAUGCAGCUGCGGUAGAGAGACUCCGAUUUGUACCACCCACUUGGAGCUACGAAUGUGAUGAGGACUUGGUGCAUUUCCUCUAUGACCACAUUGGCAAGGAAGAUGAGAAUCUGGGCAGCAUCAAGCAAUAUGUGGACAGCAUUGAUGUGUCCUCCUACACGGAAGAAUUCAAUGUUUCAUGCCUGACAGACAACCAUGCAGACACCUACUGGGAGAGUGAUGGGUCUCAGGGUCAGCACUGGGUCCGUCUCAACAUGAAGAAAGGGACCAUUAUCAAGAAGCUGUUCCUGACUGUGGACACAACAGAUGAGAAUUUCAUGCCCAAGAGGGUGGCUGUGUAUGGUGGCGAGGGGGAUAACCUGAAGAAGCUGAGUGACGUGGGCAUUGAUGAGAGCUACAUCGGGGAUGUGUGUGUGCUGGAAGACAUGACUGCUCACUUGCCUGUCAUUGAAAUCCGCAUUGUGGAAUGCAGAGAUGAUGGGAUAGAUGUUCGGCUACGGGGAAUAAAGAUCAAAUCUUCUCGGCAACGGGAACUGGGGCUCAAUGCAGAUAUGUUUCAGCCAGCCAACCUGGUGAGGUAUCCUCGCCUGGAGGGAAGAGACCCUGAUGUGCUCUAUCGGCGGGCUGUGAUCAUCCAGAGGUUUAUCAAGAUCUUGGAUAGUGUUCUUCACCAUCUUGUUCCAGCCUGGGACUACACACUUGGCACCUUCAGCCAACUCAAGCACAUCAAACAGUUCCUGUUGCUGUCCAAAAGACGUACAGUGCUAAUCACCCAGUGCCUCAAGGACUCAGAGACUAGCAAGCCCAACUUCAUGCCACGGCUCUACAUCAACCGUCGCCUGGCCAUGGAGCAUCGUGACAAUCCUGCACUUGACCCCAGCUGCAAAAACACAGUCUUCACUCAGGUAUAUGAGGGACUAAAACCUUCUGACAAGUAUGAGAAGGCCCUGGAUUACAGGUGGCCUCUGCGUUAUGACCAGUGGUGGGAGUGUAAAUUCAUUGCUGAGGGCAUCAUUGAUCAGGGUGGCGGUUUCCGAGACAGCAUUGCUGAUAUGUCUGAGGAGCUGUGUCCUAGUUCAGCUGAGACACCAGUGCCGCUGCCUUUUUUCGUCCGCACGUCCAACCAGGGCAGUGGUACCGGAGAGGCCCGAGACAUGUAUGUCCCCAACCCAUCCUGCAAAGAGUUCACAAAAUAUGAGUGGAUUGGGCAAAUCAUGGGAGCCGCCCUGCGUGGCAAGGAGUUCCUGGUCCUGGCCCUGCCUGGCUUUGUCUGGAAGCAACUGACAGGGGAGGAAGUGAGCUGGAGCAAGGACUUCCCUGCUGUUGACUCUGUGCUGGUGAAGCUUCUGGAGAUGAUGGAAGGAAUGGACAAAGAGACCUUUGAGUUCAAGUUUGGGCAUGAGCUGACGUACACCACUGUGCUGAGCGACCAGUGUAUGGUGGAGCUUAUUCCAGGUGGCACUCGCACUGUGGUGCACUAUGAGGACCGCUUGGAUUUCAUCCGCCUGGUGCAGAAGGCACGGCUAAAUGAGAGCAAGGAGCAGCUUGCGGCCAUGCAGGCUGGACUUCUCAAGGUAGUGCCCCAGGCAGUAUUGGAUCUGCUCACUUGGCAGGAACUGGAGAAGAAGGUCUGUGGUGACCCUGAAGUUACUGUUGAGGCUCUAAAGAAGCUCACUCGCUUUGAGGAUUUUGAACCAUCAGAUACUAGAAUUCAGUAUUUCUGGGAAGCCUUGAACAACUUUACUAACGAGGAUCGCAGUCGCUUCCUGAGGUUUGUUACUGGAAGAAGCCGACUUCCUGCUCGGAUUUAUAUCUAUCCUGACAAAUUAGGCUCUGAAACCACUGAUGCACUUCCUGAAUCUUCCACCUGCUCCAGCACACUUUUUUUGCCAAACUAUGCUUCGGCCAAAGUCUGCGAGGAAAAGUUGCGUUAUGCGGCUUAUAACUGUGUGGCUAUUGACACAGAUGUGAGCCCAUGGGAGGAGUGAGUCUAUUUUGAGGUCUUGUUAACCAUUUCUUCUGUGUUACAUAGUUCCUACAUGCAAUAAUCUCUUACUAUCAAGAUCCAGAAAGCAUGUAUGUGUAUAUAUAAUAAAUUACCAAGUGUGAAGCUUGCAGAUUAUUGAUAAACAGAUACAAUAAAACGGACAGCCUGCCCCCUUGGAUUUUAGUGAGCCCAAAACAAAAAAUGGGAAUGGUGAAAAACUCUUCAUUUCUGACACAAGUUGCCAGCAAGUGGACAAUGGCAUGUAGGAUUCCAGAAUUCAAUAAUUCUGGUUUCUUUCUCAGGAAAGAUGUCAAACAAGAAAUGCAGACAGCUGCAAAAUAUAUUUGUUGUUAGUUAACAUUUUAGAAUAUUCUUAAUUCUCUUCUGAAACCUGUACCUCUCCCUAGGCUGCAAUUCCAAACCCACUUACUUGGAAGCAAAUCCCAUGGACCUGAGGUGAUGUUUAUAAGAUUCCUCUGUCAAUCUUUCUAGCCAAAGAUAAACAUGAAGGCCACAGCUUAAUUAUAAAUUCUAGAGGAGAAUUGGGGUUUUUUGCAGCAAAAACAAGAAUCUUACAGCACCAUAAUGACUAGCAUAAGCUAGUGGACUACCAUCCACUGCAUCAGAUGUGUGUAGUGUUAUCAUGAGCCUAUAGGUUUAGAUGCACAUUGUUUGGGGAGGAGGGUUGUAAUAAGGAAAGGAAAUGCAAUAAAGUACAGUGAUAAUUAUGUACUUAAUACAGUACCGGUAAUUUGAAAAACAGUUCUUGAUAACAUCUUGGUAUUGAUAAGCUAAUUAGCACACAUAAUGUACUAAAAAUCUAUUCAAUCAGGGGGGGGGAUGGGAUAUAUUCAAUCCACAAGCAAUAGCACCAUAAAUUCUUAGUACUAAAUUACACUGUCUCCUCAUUACACACCAACAUUGUUAAUGACUUCAUCCUCAGGUUACAGUUCAGGAUCCUCCUCUUUGUAGUGAUUUCCAUGCCUGCUUCUGUGCAGAACUACAGUUCAAAGUUUUCAAUACUCCCUCCCUCCACCCACUUUUCUUCUUCCAAGUCUUCCUGUUUUUGUCUCAGCAGUUGCAGUGGUCAGCUCUGGCCACCAGUGGGCAUUAUGGCACCAUAAUUAAAAGGAGCGGUCUGACCAUUU